GCUGGGGACGUGUGGCCGCUUUUUAUCGUUCUUUUCAUUUUAAUUAAUUAUUAUUAAUAAUAAUUUGAUUUUUAAUUAUUUAUUUUAACCUUUCCUUCCCCCCAUCCGGGGAUACGGGGAUGGGGGCCCGCGACCUGCCCCCGUUCCCCCUCCCCGGAGGCCGCUACCAGCGGUAGGUGCCCCCCAACCCGCUAUGGGGCAGGGUGCUGUGGGGCUGGCUGGGGUGCUGGGCUUGGCCGGGGUGCUGGGACUCGCCGGGGCGCAGCCGGCCGGCCCCCCCCCGCUGCUGCUGGACCCGGGGCGCACGGUCCCGCCCGGGGGGGAAGCGCAGAGCCACGGCCGGGACCUGGAUUGCUGGGAGGUGCGGAAACACAACAGCUCGGAGUGGUGCCGCUUCAUCCGGAGCAACCCCGACUGCCGGCUGGACGGCGGCUUCCUCAACUACCUGGAGGGGGUGUUCUGCACCUUCCCCCCCCGGCUGCUGCCCCUCGCCGUCACCCUCUAUGCUCUCUGGCUCCUGUACCUGUUCGUCAUCCUUGGAGUGACAGCAGAGAAGUUCUUCUGCCCCAACUUGUCGGCCAUCUCCACCAACCUGAGGCUGUCUCACAACGUGGCAGGUGUCACCUUCCUGGCCUUUGGCAAUGGGGCACCCGAUGUCUUCAGUGCCGUGGUGGCCUUCUCCAACCCGCGGACGGCAGGGCUGGCCAUUGGGGCUGUCUUUGGUGCUGGUGUGUUCGUGACCACGGUGGUGGCUGGUGGCAUCGCCCUGGUCAAGCCCUUCACAGCCGCCUCCAGGCCCUUCCUUAGGGAUGUCAUCUUCUACAUGCUGGCAGUCUUCCUCACCUUCCUGGUGCUCUACUUCGGCAGGAUCACACUGGGAGAGGCUCUGGGGUACCUGGGGCUGUACAUCUUCUAUGUCCUCACCGUGGUGCUGUGCACGUGGAUUCACCGGUGGCAGCGGGGCGAUGGGCCGGGCCCUCCCGGAGCCUGGGAGCCAGGUAAGGCUCAUGCCAGCAGGACCCCUGCUGUGCUGGGGUCUCCAUCCACUGCUCCCUCCUCUCCUCUCCUCUUCCCCACAGAGAUGCCGACGGAUGCUGAAGAGCCGGAGUCCUCGGGCACAAACAGUGGGGACUAUGGUGAGGAGUACCGGCCCCUGCUGCCCUCACGGGAGCCCUCCCUGCGCAUCCUCACCACUGCCCUCAGCCCCCUGGACUGCCGCAAGUGGAGGAGGAAGCCCUGGUACUGGCGGCUCUUUAAGGUCCUCAAGGUGCCAGUGGAGCUGGUGCUGCUGCUCACCGUUCCCGUUGUGGACCCUGACAAGGAUGACCUGAACUGGAAGAGACCCCUCAACUGCCUGCACAUCGUCACCAGCCCCCUGCUCUGCAUCCUUACCCUCAAGUCGGGCACAUAUGGGCUGUACCAGAUCCAGGGCGUCUUCCCAGUCUGGGCACUGGUCACACUGGUUGGCUCUGUCCUGGCCAUCAUCAUCUUCAUCACCACAAGCAAUGAGGAGCCACCCAAGUACCACUGCGUAUUUGCCUUCCUUGGGUUUCUGGCCAGCGCCAUGUGGAUCAACGCCGCGGCCACGGAGCUGGUGAACAUCCUCCGGACCCUGGGCAUCAUCUUCCAGCUGAGCAACACCGUGCUGGGCCUGACACUGCUGGCCUGGGGCAACAGCAUCGGGGACACGUUCUCGGACCUCACCAUGGCACGGCAGGGCUACCCCCGCAUGGCCUUCUCUGCCUGCUUCGGGGGCAUCAUCUUCAACAUCCUGGUUGGUGUGGGACUCGGGUGCCUGCUGCAGAUGACCAGCAGCCAGCUGGUGGUGAAGCUGGAGCCCGACAGCCUCCUGGUGUGGGUGCUGGCUGGGGCCCUGGGGCUGAGCUUGGUCUUCUCCUUCGUGUGGGUGCCUGCGCAGUGCUUUCAGCUGGGCAAGGCCUAUGGCAUCUGCCUCAUCCUCUACUACCUGGCCUUCCUCUGCGUGGCCCUGCUCACCGAGUUCAGGGUGAUCCGGCUCUCCGCAGCGUGAGCAGCCCCGCUGCUGGCAGGAGAUGCGCAUCCAGCUUUGCUUCCUGGCUGGAUCACUGGGAAUCCUGUCCCCUCUCUCCAUCCCUGCCAGGGGGACCAAGGGCACCUCAAUCCCAACUGUGCCGCUGCAGGCAUCGCAUGCCAGCCCUCAGAAGCUGUUGGAAAGGAAGAGGAGCUGUGAAGUCAUUAGCUACGUCUUCUCCCUGCUCUGUUUAAGCUUGUUUAACUCAAGGUGGCUCUGAGCAGGUUAAGACCUUGGCUUCCACUGGCCUCAGUGGCAGAGGAGAAGCCAGCUCCAGCCCAUGGUCACAACAGGAGAGGUUUUACUUCUUCAGCCACUUCACUUUCCCUUCCCCAUCUCCAUCCUUGCUGCUCUGGGCCUGGGCAGUCCUGCUCCAUGGGGUAACACUGCAGGUCUGAGAACAACUUUGUCACUGCAAAGCACAUGAUGUGUUUGUGCCGCAGGUUUGAAAUAGCUGAGGCAGAGCGAGAUGGGGUUAAGGUCAGCCGAAGCUCCAGGGCAGUGCAAGCAAAGCUGGAGCAAAACCAAACCCAAGGAGCCUGGGUUCCCCUGUCUUUUUAAGCUGUGUUUUUCAACUUGAGUUUCAGAUCCUAAUUCCCUCCUCCUGGGGUGAGCAGAGCUGUAGGGAGGUUUCCACACACAGUGUUGGCCUUUAAGCACUGUAAACCACACCGAACUGCAAUAAAACCCCCAAACCC